GUGGGAUCUCCAUCUUCUCUCCGCCUCCUAAACCUGCCGCCGCCGCCUUCCCCUUUGCUGCGCUGCGCGACGGCAAACAAAACCCUUUGCGCGCGCCGCCGUAGCCGAUCGAGCACGCGAUCUAGCCUCCGGCGACGACAUGGCCGGGGCUAAGCCCAAGCAGAAGGCGAAAACCAAAUCCCUUACCGCCGGACCAUCGCACGGCAACAGGAAUGGCAGGGGUGGGGCGGGUAAGUUCGGGGAGAAGCGACGCCACGGGCCGCAUCUCCCCAACAAGCUGCGCCGGGAGCUCGAGUCGCUGGGGCCUGCACGUGACCGAGGCUCCGACGACGAAGAGGAUGAUGAUGAUGUGGUGACCGAGGACGUGUACGAGUACGAGGAGGGGGUGCCCGAGGAGGAGGCCGGUAAGAACGACCGGUACGACGGCGUCGCGAAGUACGAGUACGAGUUCGACAGCGACGGCUCCAAUGCGGACGAGGAUGUGCCUUCGGAUGAAGGCGAGGAUAUGGAACAAGAUGACGGGGAUGCGGACGACGAGAAGCACAUAAGAAUACUUCAGGAAACUACAGGAAUGCCAAGAGAGGCAUUCGAUGGGGGCAAGAAGAAGAAGAAACAGACACAGGGGCUGCUUUUGCAACCUGGAGAUGGAGAUGGUCCGGUAACAAUUCAUGAUCUCUUGAUCGAGGGUAAGCCUGGGUAUAGCAAGUUACGUAAGAGGAUCCAGCAGCAGGAGAAAAAAUCAAUGGUCGUGCAAGCCCCACCGCCAAAAGUGCUGAGGGACAAGAUAGACCGUAGUGCAGUGUACAAGAUAAAUAAGGAAGCAGCCACCAAGUGGGAGCGGGGAGUGAAGGCUAACCGGGAAGCUUCCACUCUUUACUUUGAAAAUGAUUCGAACCUAGGUGUCGACUCUGUUGGGGCAAUCGCUAGUGAAUUUAAACCAAGGACAGAAUUUGAAAAGAAGAUGGCUGGGAUUAUGCACAGCACAGAGAUGAUGGAAGCACACAAGAAUGAUGGUGCUAAAAUUUUGGAACUUAACAAGAUGGAUGUGGAAGAUGUGAGAGAGCGUCAAAAUCGUCUUGCUAAAAUGCGCAGCCUUCUAUUUCGUCAUGAGAUGAAAGCAAAACGCGUGAAGAAGAUUAAGUCUAGGACAUAUCACCGGAUAAAGAAGAAAGACAGACUGAAGGCAGCAUCAGCAGACUUGGAGGCAGAUCCUGAAGCUGCCAAAGAGUUUGCUAUGAAACAAGAAUUUAAGCGUGCAGAGGAAAGGAUGACAUUGAAGCACAAGAACAAUAGGAAAUGGGCAAGGCGGAUCUUGGAACGUGGAUUGAAUGUUGCAGACGAAGGCACUCGAGAUGCUAUCACUGCACAACUUCAACAGCAUGCUCUUCUGACUAGAAAAAUGAAUUCUGUGCAAGAUGGUUCUAGUAGUAGUGAUGAAAGUUCUGAUUCUUAUGACGACGACGAUGAAGACACAAACGAGUUAGAAGCAAGGCAUCUGAACAGAGGGAAAGAAAAGAUUCUUAAAGUAAUUGAAGAAGAUACUGAGAUACCAAAAUCUGGAGUUUUUUCAUUGCCUUUCAUGGAGCGUGCUAUGAAAAAACGUGAACAUGCAACUUAUGAGGAAACACGGCUAGAUUUUGAAGAAUUGGAGGAAUCCUUGAGGAAAUUGGAGGAUGGUAACACCGAAGAAAAUGUAGAUUCAAUGAAGGUGAUGGGUAAAAGAACUUUUGGGCCUGUGAAAAAUGCACACGCAGAGGCAAAUAAGAGACCCAAAUUAGAUGAUUCUGAUAGGAAUAGUAACAGUGAGUAUGAUUCCGACUCUGCCCAACAUUUUGAUAUCAAUGAAGUAAAUAAGAAGGCUGAUGAAGGACAGGCGGAUGAGGUCCAAAUUGGAACUGCACUUCUUGACGAUGAACAACAGAAUGAUCUAUUCAUAAGCUUCGAUGGAAUUACAAAAAGUCCAGGCCCAAAGACAGUGAUUGAAGUUGGGAUGUUAGCUGAUAAUUCAUGGAGGAAGGUCAAAAGCAGCGAAGGAAAUGACAGUAACAGUAUCAAUAAAUCCAAAGUGCCGAUCCCUUCUGCUGUUGAUUCAUGCCCUAAGCAGCUGGAUCACAAUUCUGAUUCUGAUUCCGAGGAAGAGAUGGUUGAGGGUUUCUUGACUAUCUCAGAAACAAAAGAACCAUCACAAGCUGAUCUCAUACGUCAGGCCUUUGCUGGUGAUGAUGUUCAAGCUGAAUUUGACAAGGACAAGAUGGAAGCUUUAAAUGAGGAGAAUCCUGAACCUGAAGAGCCUGCCCUUGUUCCUGGUUGGGGACAGUGGACCCACAUCCAACAGAAGAAAGGGCUCCCUUCUUGGAUGGUGAAAGAACAUGAAGAGGCCAAAAGGAAAAGGGAAGAAGCCUUGAAGAGGAGGAAGGAUGCAAAGCUAAAGCACGUUAUUAUUUCUGAACACGUUGACAAGAAGGCUGAAAAGCUUUUAGCAAGGAAUCUUCCUUAUCCGUUCACCUCAAAGGAUGCGUAUGAAGGGAGCAUACGCAUGCCUCUUGGACCUGAUUUCAACCCAGCAAUAUCAGUCACCGCCCUCAACCGACCCGCAAUUGUGAAGACGCCUGGUAUUAUUAUUAAGCCAAUACAAUAUGAGGAGAUUGAUCCACAUGUGAAGCCUGAUGGACCCAAAAGGGUCAUUCAGAGAGCAACCCCGAACCCAAACAGAAAGAAAGCCUCUGCGAAACAAGCCAAGGGGACAACUUCACACAAGAGGAAGUAAUGAGAUGGUUGUUGCAGACUUGCGGUACAUGCCACAGUUAUUUUCAGCCAACAGUUUGAUAAGUGUGUAAGAUUGGUCUCACGGUGAAAAUCAGAUGCAGCUCUAGUUUGGCUCCUGGGAGUGGUAUUUCGGGGCUAAUUCUAUUAAGUUUUAAGGUGUUGUACCUAUUUCUUCCUGCACUAGGGCAGAAAUUGUUGGCAUACAGUGAGUUAUCACUUUCUUAGUUUUGACCACAAGUUUUAAGGUUUUGUACCUAGUAGUUCCACUUGUAUCUCGUUGAGCUUAUUCGAUUCACAGGAUUUUGAACUCAUAGAAACAUGAAUAGUUAAAGCAUUAUUGAUGCUGGGAAGACCUUAUGUUUUCUGAUCUUCA